AUGAGGUUCCUAGGGAUGGCCGGGUUCUACAGGCGGUUCUGUAGGAACUUCUCUACCCUGGCCGCCCCUCUGACGGACCUUACCAGCUCUUCCGUCCCCUUCCACUGGACCCCAGCCUGUGACCAAGCAGUCAGACAUCUCAAGGCGUUCCUCUUAUCCUCGCCAGUGGUAUGGACACCGGACCACUCCCACCCCUUCCAACUACAAAUUGAUGCCAGUGGGGUGGGUAUUGGUGCGGUCUUGCUCCAAAAAGACCCUCUGAGCGGCAUUCUCCAUCCAGUCGCUUACCACUCGGCCAAACUCAAGAAACACCAGAGCUCCUGUGUAACCUCCUUCGUGAUCCCACUGCGGAGGUCUUACGGGGGGGGAAUUGUUACGGUCACACCACCACCUGCACGCCGUAACAACCCAACACCCCAACCACCACCUCAUCAAGCACCAUCCACUAUCCGGACAACACUUAUCAACCACCAACCAGCUCACCCUCCAUUCUCCACCAACCAGCUCGGCUUCGUUCGGUCAGCUUUCCGAAUCUCGGAACUGUUUCACUGGCCAGGAAGCCGGCGAAUCAGAGGAUAUAUAAGGAGGUGCAGCAGACAUAGAAGGCAGAUCGCUUUUGCUCUCUCAGUGAACCAUCACUCUCUUGGAUACUUUACUACAAAGGGAUUACCAUCAUCUCCGGCACUACCGCAAGUAUAA